UAAAAACCUCAAAUCGGCAACUCAACUCAACACAACAACGAGCUCCAUAGUUUAAGUUUAUGUUUAUAUAAUUCAUCAUCAUAAUGGGUGGUAGCAACACUAAUGAGUUCGAUUUCAUUAUCGUCGGAGGGGGCUGCAUAGCGGCGUCUACUGUGUAUGCAAUCAAAAAGAAAUGGCCAGCUGCACAAGUCUCAUGGUAUACCGGCGUUCACGAACACACUGCCUCGAACGAUUUCCUUAAGAUCAUUCGCGAUGCAUAUCCGGACAAAAUAAUGGCGGAAUGGGCCCAUCGAGCUAUGCAGCUAUGGGCGUCGGACGACUUGCUUUCAAAGUACUUUCACCGGACAGCGUGGAUUCAAGCAAUCGACAAGAAGACAACAAAGACAAUGAGCAAGGGACAAAAAGAUAAGACCGUAAUGGCGAAAGAAAUGAUGGAGCAAGUAGGAUCAACUAUAGAGCCUUCUCUAGCCAGUACAGAGGAGCUCUAUUUCAAUCCCAAUGUUGGCUAUGCUGAUUCGGAUGUCGCCGUGCGAGCCAUCUCCGACAAAGCUGUAGAGCUCGGCGUGCAGCGGCACAAGAGUAAUGUGACAAGACUUGUUAUCGAAGCAGGAAAGUGCGUUGGAGUUGAAGUUGGAGACGCCGUGUUGCGAGGAAAAACCACGAUAAUUUCCGCAGGCGCGUGGACACCAGGGAUACUAGAGAAAUCGAAUAUUGCUGUCCCCCCGGAAUUCUUCCAAGUUACCGCUGUCGGUGUGGCGGUCCUUAAGCUGUCCGACUCAGAGUUCGACUCGCUGAAAUCAAUGCCUAUACUGGUUACUAAAGAUGGAGAAGUCAUGUUAUCGGAAUUGCACCGAGUUCUGAAAAUAACAACAACGGAUACUUUUAGAAUUGCUUCCCCAGACGACCUGAGCGACGAAGUUGAUAUAACCCCCAACCAGCAAGUGCUGGAGAAGAUGCUUCCUCAGUUCAGAGGCAGAGAGUUGAAACGCUUCUGCUGCCCUGACCUUAUUACUCCCAAACAAUACCCUAUUAUAGAUCGUGUUGAUGGCAUAUCGAACCUCAUCCUUGCAACAGGAGGAUCAUAUCAUUCGUACAAGUUCCUCGUGAACAUUGGAAAUCUUGUUGUCCUGUGCAUUUGUGGAGAGGAGAGUAAUGAUCCUCUGGAGCGAACGAUUCAAGCGCGUUGUAGAUGGCAAAGAUCUGAUGAUAUCACAUCAGUACAUCCCAAUAUAGUUCCAAUAUAGUUCCAAAAUACUGAACUACCUUGUUAGGUAACGCAUAUCGGUUUUCCGUUCAUCUUAGAAUCUAUCAUGUCCGCUAGUUCCUCCCA